AUGAAUUCAGUAAAAAAAUUGGUCUUCUCUGUGGAGUCGUAUUACCCAGGACAUCCGGUCAGCUGCCUUGCAGAUAAGAUGGUUGAUUCAGAGAAGGAGCCAACUAAUAGACCCACCGAGAUGGCAAUCAUACCAGAAGACGAUUCCCUCGAUAUCAAUCCCGAAUCUGAAAAACCUCUGAAGAAUAGCCUGGACAAAGCGACUCCGCAGCAGCCGUUUUCGUCCCUAAGCGCCAUACUUUAUACCAUCUUUGUGAGGCCCUUUCUAUUGGUCUGGCUCCUAAUAUCGUUCCCAUUCUUAUAUAUAUUCGGUUCGGAAUAUCCAUCUGUUGCUCCUGAAAACUCAAUGGCGGCUGACUCUGGAAAGGAUAGAAUUGACGAGCAGAUUGCUUUGCUCAAGCAAGAGAAAUUGAUAGCGAACCAUAUCAAAACGCCCACUGCAUCAAAAUAUAUACUCCCGCCGCCUCCACGGCUUUUUCCUCUCUCCAGGAAUCCAGAAAAAAGACGUCGCAAGAAAACCCUUCUUCUUGAUCUUGACGAAACCCUCAUCCAUUCCCUCUCCCGAGGGACGCCUCGAUCCUUAGGUUCCAGUGGCAGCUGUCACAUGAUCGAAUUAAAAGUUAACAAUGUUGCCACCCUUUACUAUGUUUAUAAACGGCCCUUUUGUGAUUUCUUUCUAAAAGAAGUUAGCAAAUGGUUUGAUCUUCAGAUUUUCACCGCUAGUGUGAAAGAAUACGCAGAUCCAAUCAUUGAUUGGUUGGAAAGUGAUAUUGUGGACCAUAAAACUCAUGCUGUGGGAAACAGCCAAGUCUUCACUAAGCGAUACUAUAGAAAUGACUGCUCGUACCGGCCUGGAGUCGGAUAUAUCAAGGAUUUGUCUCUAUUCUUUCCAAAGCAAGACGAUCUUAAGAACGUCAUUAUUUUGGAUAAUUCACCAGUGAGUUAUGCUCUCCACGAAGAUAAUGCUGUGAUGAUUGAGGGUUGGAUCAACGACCAGGGCGAUAGAGACUUACUCAAUCUACUCCCCUUGCUCUACAGCUUGAGCUUAUGUAUAGAUGUCCGAUAUAUCCUCGGACUACGGAGUGGUGAAAAAAUGUUUGAAAACGUAUAG